AUGCCUCCUUUAAAAGCCGGAAAAAGAGGUGCUGUGAAGCGCCGUCGGCCGACCGAGGACGAUCAGGUGAAGCCGGCGAAGGAGGAAGAAGAUGGAACGAAGCAGUGCGGCAAUGCCAUCCGCAAAAAUCCUAAUAAGCUCGCUCGUCACUCAUCGACACACCUCAUCUUCCGACCCUUCCGUUGUUCAGUUUGCGCCUAUACCGGCAAGUGCCCACGGAAUGCAAAGAUGCAUCUGAAGCACCUACAUCAAGGAACGGGCCGAGUGAUAGAUAAUCGCACUGCGCGAUACUUCGAUGCGCUCGAAGCGCUGACAAAGGCCAACUUUCCGGAUCACUCAGAAGCUAUCGCCAUCUACUUUGGAGGCCAAAAGAAGACCUUGAGGAUUCAGGAUGGAUCCGAUGAAGAAGAUGACAAUCCACCAAUUGUUCAUCUCCCAGCUUCUGACCAUGAAAGCCUCGACAUCCGGGAAAACGUGCAGACGAUGCCAGAAGUUGUAUCAGGUACGUCCGUCAUCAAGCAGGAAGUGAUGUCUAACGAUCUUCCACCGCCAUCCAUCGAGAAACGGGCUGAUCGAACGCUGCCGGAUAUUCGACGCGAAAUUAUGCAGGAGCCACUAGAAAAGAACAUGCGCAAUGGAGAGGGCGAGCGCAUUGAGGAUCCAUUCGAUCAGCAUCUUGCUGUAGAUGUUGAAACUGAUCCAAUGUUGGACUUCGCCGAACUGGACGCCGGCAUCGAGAAGGCGAAAUUGGACGUGUCCCGCAUGGGAGCCAAGGUGACAUUCCUGGAAACCCUCUCGGAGACGCGAGAUGCCGAAAAUCACCGGCUGAAGCACGAAAUCCAAGCUCGCGAUGCCGAAAACGACCGGCUGAAGCAGGAAAUCAAAACAAGCGAUACCGACAGCCGUGCCGAAAACGACCGGCUGAAGCAGGACAUCGAAGCGCGCGAUGCCGAAAAUUCCCGCCUCGAGAGCGAGAAAGACCAGAUGGCCUUGCUGAUUCGGCUCCUGCAGCACGAAAUUGCCGGUCUGAAGCGCGAACUGGGCCUCGGC